AUGGGAAGCACCAUUCCCGUACCCACAAUAGAUCCUUCGGAUCCCAAAAUCCAGCGUUGGGAAAAUGGAUUAGCACUCUACUUAGACUUCAUCACUCCCACCGAAGAAGCCGAAAUCAUCGCUUCCAUCCUCUCAGAUGACCGAUGGUGUGGUAUCGGCAAGAGACAAACGCUGCAUUAUGGGGCGCAUUUCGAUUAUACUACGUUUGGGGCUUCGGAGGUGGUGACGCCGGUUCCGGGGUAUUUGGAGGGAUUGGUGGAGAGGUUGCCGAUGGAAAGGGAGACUUGGGAGAGGCCGGAUCAAUUUACCGUGCAGUAUUAUCCUCCCGGUACGGGGAUCCCGCCUCAUGUGGAUACGCACGCGGUGUUUGGGGAGGCGUUGUAUAGUUUGAGUGUGGGGGGGAGGGUACCGAUGGUUUUUAAAAGGUGUGGGGAGAAUGAGGCGAGGAAGAUGAGGAGGCCGAAGAGGUCGCUGCUGGGUGAUUCGAGGAGUGAGGUUAAUAGGACGAAGGUGGUGGUGGGGGUGAAGGAGAAGGAGAAGAAGGAGGGGCAUGAGAAUGAGGGAGAGAAGUGGGAGGUUUGGUUGGAGCAGAUGAGUUUGUUGAUUAUGAGGGGUGAGGCUAGAUAUGGGUUUACGCAUAUGAUUAGGGGGAGGAAAUUUGAUGAGGUGGAGGGGGAGGGGGAGGGGGAGGGUGGGGAAAGAGUUAGAGUGAGGAGGGAGGGGAGGUGGAGUAUUACUAUGAGGAGUGUUAGGAGGGGGGCGGAUGUAAGGUGUGAGUGUAAGUUUCCGGGGGUUUGCGAUGCGAGGAUUAGGGAGGAAAGGGAAAGGGAGGAAAAGGAAAAGAAAGACGAGAGUAAUAGCGAAACUGUACUUGCACCAGAAACUAUUCCCAAAUAA